AUGGGGCUCUUCCCAUUCUUACCAUGCGCAGGUGUCCUCUCUUCCAGUAACGAAGAUCAAGUCACCGGUUUGAACGAAGAUACCCUCCUUCUCGAGUCUCUCGAUUUGGCAUCUGCUGUCGAGGUUAACAAGGACGACCUUGGGUCCGUAGAGAGUGAUGUCGUUUUAUAAACAAGCUUCGUCGUGCUUUGCUUUGCAGGUAUAGUCGUAGUUAACUCUAUCACCGUAACCUUGAGCCUGUGCCAAUUGGUGGGUCUUGGUUUGUUCAAGUUUAGCUCCUGA